AUGGAUGGAUACAAUCGGACGCGUUUCGUCGAGGGCCUGCUAGAGCGUUACAAGGCAGAACUGCCGUCGUUUACUAUCCAUCUUCAUCCCGACGCUUGGACUCUUAAUUCUGGCUCAAGAUUUCGUUAUGAUAACCAAUAUGUGGGCUUCCUCGACGAUGUUCGCGCUCACCGGAUACCUGUUGACUUUGUAGAGAUAUUUCAUGAGUCUGGAGUCCGAUAUUUCGAAGGCUGCUUAAUUGUGGACCUCCUAGACUACCGUCCCACCAAACCAACUGAUCCUCCACUUGAAAUCCCGGAAAAGACACGAGAAGUCUUGCAUUCGACUUCAGAAACACUCUGGGCUGACCUCUGUGUUAUAAACUCAAAUUCAGGCGGUAAUCUCACUGAUCUUCAGGCUAUUGAAAUUGAAGCUCGUAUCCUGCUGGCUACCUCAGCCCCCUUGUGUCUGGAUCCAAACCCUCACCUCUCUCGAAUUGCAAAUAAUGUGCUGAGAGUCACGACUCCCUCUACACCUGUUUCGCUUAAACGAAAGGCCUCCGCUCUCGAUGCAGAAAAGGCCGAAGCGGAGAAAGCUCGCAAAGAAAAGAUUAUAGGGUUUUUGGCUCCUGAUAGUCCACGGGCUUCCAGACAGUGA